UUUGGAGCCUUUGAAAUUAGGACGAAAAUCAGUCUAUAAUUUUGCUAAAACGGACAGGUUUUAAUUUCCAACGACUUUCUUAGUGUUUCUUUGAGUUAACUUCAAAAUAUCAAAGCUUAAGAAUCGAGAUUUCCUUUGAUUUACUUUGAGUAAGAACUACCCAGUUUCUAAUUAGCAUAGUGCUUUCAACGAGUAGAUUUCAAAAUAUGUUUUAUGGUCUGAAAAUACUCCUACAAUUCGACUAAUGUCAAAGCAAUAUUACAGAAAGACGUUUCCUACUUGCUUUACAUGUUUUCUUGCUAAUUCUGUACAGUUUUACUUCCAUUUUCAGAAUCAGUUGUGAUACGUUUAUCGGAACUUGGGAUCAGUACUAUUGAUUGCGUGACCUAWCGUCCCGUGGGGGAAGGGGGGCGGGGGGUGAAAAGCUGAAUGUAGCGGGCUUCCAGGUUUUGAUACGAGGUAAGUUUCGAAUCAUUUCUUAUUUUCUCGACUUGCGAAGCAAUAACAAACUGACUCCUUGUUGGCCUGACAACUGUAUUGAACAAAAAUGUACCAAAGGAUUUUACUGUAGUUACUUAACUACCUCGCUGAUACCCGAGGCUAAUUUGUAAUUUGAAGAACUUGCUUACUUGAAUCAUGGCAAAAGAUAAACCCAAGAAUGGGAAACAUUAAGAAAAAAUACUGAAAUUGUCAAUUCCUACUUGUCAUGAUGUGCUCAUAAAUACCUGGACAAGCGUUCAACCACGUGACAUGGGAAAAUGACGUUUACUAGUACUUCCUAGUAAAGCGGCUUUCGUUCAUGAGGGAUUAGGAAUGGAAGUCAGCUGUUCAUUUAAGAAAAUCGUAGGCGGAAAUUGCGGUUAUGAUCCCAGAGAUCGAAACAAGAAGAUGGUCGUGAUACCACUGAGUUCAUGUGAAUUGGAUAUAUCCGGGCAUAAGAAAGCUUUUGGUAUACAGGAUGUCGAUUCUGAGGUUAAACUACUUUUGGCUCGAGCUUCGAUACUCUCGGUUCCAGACAAUAUUGCAGAGUUGACAAUUUGUCCAGGUCAUCGUUCAUUGUUAAGUAUAGGCUGGCGCAGAAGUUACCAGCGCUGCCGAGUUCCUCAGGAGCUGUCAAGGCCUGGCGAAAAGAAAGCAAAAUGGCCCAAAGCUGAUCGCGGGAUCGGGAAAGAAAAAUCGAAUACUAUCUUGCAGAUGACGGGUGUCUUUGUUCCCGUAGGUUCAGCAAUAUGCCGGGAAUGCAGGGUCCUUCUAGACGAUUACACUGUUCAAGCAAAGAUAAAGUGUAUGUCUUUGGUGAGUCGAUGUCUUUCGUAGCAUUAAAUAAAGGCGUGGUUUUAGCACAUAUCCUGAGG